AUAGGACUUUAUUCAUUUGCUGAUGUAUUUACGGCUGAAAGGAUGAAACCCAAAAUUUGGGAAUCAAUAACCUUUGAAAUUGGGUUGUUCAAUUUGGGUGCAGCUAUAUGGUUUGAGAUUUGUAAGGUGAUCGAUGUAUGGGGUCAAGAUCCGGAUUGCGUCGUUAUGACCUUGACUGCUAUUGUCUCUGGAAUAAUCUGUUUUCUCAAGGGUAGUCGGCUGUGGUUUUGGCGAGAAGAACUUCGUAAUCUCUUGCGCUGUUUGGGCGUAAUGUGGAACAAGGAAAGUGUAAGAUACAGCGUUGAAACUGAAAAAAUGGCGGAAGCGACAUGUUUUGUAACCAAGAUCCACACCAUGACGGUGGCAAUACUUUGCCUAAAUUAUGCCAUACAACCGUAUAUACUCUUGUUAACACAUCAAAUGUACGAAAAGAAUGCGAAUGUAUCGUACGAUUAUACAGCUACGGUAUACACGGCGUCGUAUCCCUGGGCAACUGGAACCACAUUGAAAUACGUAUCAUGCGUCACUUGGGAACAAUUUGUCAUUUAUUUCGUCGCACUUUACUGGAUUGCUGCAGACGUAAUGUUCGCCCAGCUCACUACACAUAUGGCAUUACAAUUUCAAGUUCUUUGGAACGAUUUGGAACGUAUUACCAUUUCUGACAACGGUCAACAGGAAACAAAUGAGAUUAAACUAAAGCAUCAGUUAGCCACGAUUGCCAAGCGUCAUUACGAAUUACACACCCAUUGCGAAAUGAUCGAGCGCAUUUACAAUCCGAUCGUUUUUCUAACGUUAUCAUUCACCGCUGUUCAUAUGUGCCUUGGCGCCAGAUAUCUUCAGAAGGAAAUAAUGUAUGGAAAUUGGAAAGAAGUUACCAAGAGUCUAUUGCACACCGUCAGCGUCAUAAUACAGGGAUUCAUAUACUGCGGCUAUUCCAACAAACUAACUCUGCAGUCAAGUAGAAUGGCGGAAGCUGCUUAUAAUUGUCCAUGGAUGGACCGUGGAAAAGAUUUCAAGGUUAUGUUGGGCGUUAUUAUGAUGAGAUCGCAAAAGCCAUUCAUUUGCACGGCUUACGGAUUUUUCGCUCUGAACCUUAUGCAGUUGGCUGCGAUUUUCAAAGGAGCUGGUAGCUAUUUCGCACUUCUACAGUCAGUCACGUGAAUCACGUGAUUAUUCUUUUAGAAAGUUUUUAAAAAUAUAUAUUAUUAUGCAGCAAAACGU